AUGCUCGAAUCUGCAAUAGCCCCAAAUUUGACAGUGCCUCGCAGCCAGCCAGCUGCAAUGCCGCCAAAUAGCACACCACCCUUUCCGGCAUACUGCUCCAGGUUCCCGGAAUCCACCAAAGACAUCGUUAUGGCCAUCAUUGGCGCUCAAUCGCACGACCAAGAGGAACUCGGUAUCGAUACUCUUGACCCGGUUCGAAAAUUUGUGGACGAUGCCAACUGCUCGCCUCGGUUCUGGGACAUCGCCAGCGGCCGUGAUAGCCAGGACAGGCAUAAUGUGAUCCUUAUCGCAUACUGGUCAAGCCGCGCCGACUACGAGCAAUGGACACGAGAAAGUGGGUUUGAGAAGUGGUGGAGUGGCCUGGAUCCGCAAGAUCAACCUCAUGGCUGGUUCCUUGAGGUCCUUUUUCCUCCAAUGCAGAAUCUCGAGACAAUCUUCACCACUGUUGAGCCGCCCGAAGGCGUAGGGCAGAUGCAAAAGUGUAUAUCUGCGCCCUUUCAAGAACACGGAUAUUGGGGCAGUAUGAGAGACCGCAUGCCCGCCGCGCAGACGGAUCCACUUGUUGGGGAGAACCGGGAGAUGGAUGCGGCAUUUACCCCUGAACGUUCAUCUCAGGGCUUAGAAACGGGCGAAAGCAACGAACGGAAGCGUGUGAGGGUGCCAGGGAAAGAGAACCUCUGCGUCAUCCGUUCAGGCCAAGAUUGGUCCGUCGCGAGCCAGCGAGAACGUUCACUGUACCUCGAAUCCAUGCAUCCUGUUCUCACCAAGGGAAUGGAUUUCCUAAGGAACGAAGGAAAGGACAUUGGCUGCUACAACUGCCGUUUCAUGGAGAUCCGCGAUACAAACAACGAUGCCCUGUCUAAAUCCGAUCGCACCUUUGGACUUGCCUUCUUUAAUGACAUGGCGUCUCUGGAAAACUGGUCCAAGAAACACGAGACGCACCUUGAUAUCUUUGGAAGGUUCUUGAAGUAUACGAAGGAACUGAACUUUGACAUCUCGCUCAGGCUGUAUCAUGAGGUAUAUGUGUUGAAGCCGGAUCAGCAAUUGUUUGAAUAUGUUGGCUGCCACCCCGAAGCUGGUCUUUUAGCAUUGAUGUAA